AUAGAGAAGAAAAAUAAUAAUUAAUAUAUAUAAGACUUAUAUAAGAAUGACAUUACAAACAAAACUCAGAGUCACAACUCACAACUCUGCCCAUUUCAAAGUUUUUGAAAAUUUUGGCAAAAGUGCAAACGAAAGAAUGAUUCUGUUUUUUCUUUACUGUUUUUUUUUUUGAAAUCUAAUCCUGUGGUCAUAUAAAAACCCUCUUUCUGCUAGUGCUAAUAACCAACCCCCAUUAUACCACUCAUAAAUAACUUCUAGCCUUCCCCACGUUACAGUCUCCGAAAUGUAAUACAUACAUUAAAAUCCUUUCCCUCCUCUUCUUCUUCUCUACAGUUCUCUACUUCUAUACCUCCAUUACUGAUUUUCAUAAAUUUCCUCUUUCUUUUUUUCUUUUCCAUUUCUUUUUAAAGGGUGUUAUUGCCUCACUCUUCAGUAGCAGAGCAAAUCUAGCUCUCUCACACUUCUUCUUCUUCUUCUUCUUCAACAAUGGCUUCUUCUUCUCUUUCUUUCCUUUGUUCUCUCUGUCUCAUUAGCUCACUAGUCUUAGCUUCUUCUUCUACUACUACUGAUAGGAAAACCUUCAUAGUUCAAGUCCAAAGACAGGCCAAGCCUUCUAUUUUCCCAACCCACAAGAACUGGUACGAGUCUUCUCUGGCCACUCUUGCCUCUUCUUCUAGUGAAAAGACCUCGACUUUUGACAAUGCUGUCAUACACACUUACGAGAACGUCUUUCAUGGCUUCUCUGCAAAGCUUUCACCUUCCGAGGCUUCUAAGCUUGAAUCACUUCCCCAUGUCCUUGCCGUUAUUCCCGAACAGGUACGGUACGUGCAAACCACGCGCUCCCCUGAGUUUCUCGGCUUGAAGACCACCGGCAGUGCUGGACUUCUGAAAGAGUCUGACUUUGGGUCUGACCUUGUGAUUGGGGUUAUAGACACAGGAAUCUGGCCUGAGAGGAAGAGCUUCAACGACCGUGACCUGGGUCCAGUUCCUUCCAAGUGGAAAGGCCAGUGCAUCGCAGGGAAGGACUUUCCGGCGACUUCUUGUAACCGCAAGCUCAUCGGAGCGAGAUACUUCUGCGACGGUUACGAGUCCACUAAUGGUAAAAUGAACGACACCACAGAGUUACGCUCACCUAGAGACUCCGAUGGCCAUGGAACACACACCGCCUCAAUCGCCGCCGGAAGGUAUGUUUUCCCUGCCUCAACCCUUGGGUAUGCUCGUGGAGUCGCCGCCGGCAUGGCUCCCAAAGCUCGCCUAGCAACCUACAAGGUCUGCUGGAACGCCGGCUGCUACGACUCUGAUAUUCUGGCUGCAUUCGACGCCGCCGUCGCAGAUGGUGUUGACGUCAUCUCCCUCAGUGUCGGCGGUGUCGUCGUUCCUUACUACCUCGACUCCAUUGCCAUGGGGGCUUUCGGAGCCGCUGACGCUGGCGUCUUCGUCUCAGCUUCUGCCGGUAAUGGCGGCCCCGGUGGACUCACCGUCACAAAUGUCGCCCCCUGGGUUACCACUGUCGGUGCUGGUACGAUGGACAGAGAUUUUCCGGCGGACGUUAAGCUCGGUAAUGGUAGAACGAUUCCUGGUGUGAGUGUGUAUGGUGGGCCGGGUCUUACACCGGGUAAAAUGUACCCAUUAUUGUAUGCCGGAAACGUAGGUGGUGAUGGGUACUCUUCUUCUUUAUGCUUGGAAGGUUCUUUGGACCCCAAAUUGGUAAAGGGAAAGAUAGUACUCUGCGAUAGGGGAAUCAAUUCCAGAGCUGCCAAAGGGGAAGUAGUUCAAAAAUCAGGCGGAAUCGGAAUGAUUCUUGCUAAUGUUGUAUCCGAUGGGGAAGGGUUAGUCGCAGAUUGCCACGUGUUGCCUGCCACUUCAGUCGGUGCUUCAGCCGGUGACGAGAUUCGCAAGUACAUUACCUCAUCAUCAAAGUCACAAUCUCCACCCACUGCCACAAUUAUAUUUAAAGGAACUAAGCUAGGAGUGAGGCCUGCGCCGGUGGUUGCGUCAUUCUCUGCUCGUGGGCCCAACCCUGAGUCGCCGGAGAUUCUAAAACCAGAUGUGAUAGCACCUGGGGUUAACAUUCUCGCGGCUUGGCCCGAUCGAGUUGGUCCAUCGGGUAUUACUUCUGAUAAGCGGAGAACAGAGUUCAACAUACUUUCAGGGACUUCAAUGGCGUGCCCACAUGUCUCUGGCCUGGCCGCAUUGCUUAAGGCUGCUCACCCUGAUUGGAGCCCAGCGGCUAUAAGGUCAGCUCUAAUGACUACUGCUUAUACAGUGGACAACAGGGGAGAGACCAUGUUGGAUGAAUCAACAGGGAAUAGCUCAACGGUUUUAGAAUUCGGGUCGGGCCACGUUCACCCGGAAAAGGCAAUGGAUCCUGGAUUGGUUUACGACAUAACAUCUUAUGAUUACAUAGAUUUCUUAUGCAAUUCCAAUUACACCACUAAGAACAUUCAAGUAAUCACUAGGAAAAAUGCGGAUUGUAGAGGGGCUAAGAAGGCAGGCCAUGCUGGGAACCUCAAUUACCCUUCCUUAGCUGUAGUGUUUCAGCAAUAUGGGAAGCACAAGAUGUCAACUCAUUUCAUUCGGACUGUGACCAACGUGGGCGAGCCUAACUCAGUCUACCGUGUCACGGUCAGACCGCCGAGUGGCACUCUGGUUACAGUGCAGCCAGAUAAGCUUGUGUUUAGGAGGGUUGGUCAGAAGUUGAACUUCCUUGUUAGAGUUGAAGCCACGGCAGUGAAGCUUUCAGCAGGAAGCUCAGAUGUGAAGAGUGGCUCUAUAGUUUGGUCUGAUGGAAUUCACAAAGUCACAAGUCCCUUAGUUGUGACUAUGCAACAACCUUUCUAAGUCUUUGUGGUGUUGUUUUAGGAUUUUGGUUGGAGGGGUUUUAGGAAUUUUGAGUCUCUACUCCUUAGUACUUGCUUUGUUGUAGAAUUAUAAGUUAAUUUCUUUGCUCCUUAUAAUGUAUAAUGAGAGGAUGUUCUUUUUUAUUUUUACAAGGUUCAGUUUUCAGCUCCAGAAAACUAGUGGGGGUUUGUUUGUAAUGCACAGUCAAGAAAGAAAAGGCAAUAUUUUCUGAUAUUAUGUAAGAUUUUAAGGAAGAAAUAAUAUGUUUGUAGAAAAGUUCUGUGUUUUGGUGUAAAA